AGCUGCACCACUAGAAAGAUGGCGGAGCAAGAGCAAAGAAAAAUCCCUUUGGUUCCAGAAAAUCUCCUGAAAAAGAGGAAGGCUUAUCAAGCCCUCAAAGCCACCCAGGCAAAGCAGGCACUUUUGGCAAAGAAGGAGCAGAAGAAAGGAAAAGGGCUCAGGUUUAAGCGGCUGGAAUCAUUCCUACAUGAUUCCUGGCGGCAGAAACGUGACAAGGUGCGUCUCAGACGACUAGAAGUGAAACCUCAUGCCUUGGAAUUGCCAGAUAAACAUUCCUUGGCCUUUGUUGUACGCAUCGAAAGGAUUGAUGGCGUGAGCUUACUGGUGCAGAGAACCAUUGCAAGACUUCGCCUAAAGAAAAUUUUUAGUGGUGUCUUUGUAAAAGUCACCCCCCAGAAUCUAAAAAUGCUGCGUAUAGUGGAACCUUAUGUGACCUGGGGAUUUCCAAAUCUGAAGUCUGUCCGAGAACUCAUUUUGAAACGUGGACAAGCCAAGGUCAAGAAUAAGACCAUUCCUCUGACAGACAACACAGUGAUUGAGGAGCACCUGGGGAAGUUUGGCGUCAUUUGCUUGGAAGACCUCAUUCAUGAAAUUGCCUUCCCAGGGAAGCAUUUCCAGGAGAUCUCAUGGUUCUUGCGCCCUUUCCACCUCUCAGUGGCCCAUCAUGCUACCAAAAAUAGAGUGGGCUUCCUCAAGGAGAUGGGCACACCUGGCUAUCGGGGUGAACGCAUCAAUCAGCUCAUCCGUCAGCUGAACUAGACCCAGGUGCCAAACUGCGGCAAAUUUUUUAUCAGUGAAGUGGAAGCAUGUGUUUUGUUGUUUUGGGAAUUUUUAUCAAGUAUCUUCAGAGAAGAUUAUUUCCUGCUUUAUCUUCAAAAACUGGAAAGGAAGGGUCAAAGAAAAGACAGUAGCUGGUCGGUCGUGGUGGCUCAUGCCUGUAAUCCCAACACUUUGGGAGGCUGAGGCGGGCAGAUCACCUGAGGUUGGGAGUUCGAGACCAGCCUGACCAACAUGGAGAAAUGCCGUCUCUUCUAAAAAUACAAAAAUUAGCCGGGCAUGGUGGCACGUGCCUGUAAUCCCAGCUACUCAGGAGGCUGAGGCAGGAGAAUCGCUUGAACCUGGGAGGUGGAAGUUGCAGUGAGCUGAGAUCACGCCAUUGCACUCCAGCCUGGGCAACAAGCGAAACUCUGUGUCAAAAAAAAGAAAAGACAGUAGCUUAUGUUCAUGUCAAGCACCUCUCAUCACAGUCUAGUUCCAAGGAAAAAUUCCAGCGUUUUCUACAUUGGGUGCUGCGUCAUCUGAAAUCGGCACAUUCCAUGGAGGAAGGAGUCCUGCUUUGUUGAAUGUAUCCUAGGGUUUAAUGUUGGUAAAUGAGUCACUCUAGCAUUUGUAGAAGGCUCCCUGAGACUCCUGCAGCAGUCAACCAAGCCCAAGGACAUAAUUGAAUCUGGAGAGUCCUGGGGCCUUGUUUUGAAAAAGACUUGAAAUACACAUAGGAAGAAAGGCAUAAAAAUAAAUGUUCACUUGUCUCUGC